AUGUUGUACUUCAACCUGUGGGGACACGGCGGAAAAGCUAUAGCUUACACACCGAUCGCUCCGCUGCUACUGCUGCAUACCUGCGCGUACCUCGACUACGCAAACGAAGCACGAUCCCUGGGCGUGCUUCCCUGUCAGCCUCUGGCCAGGCGACGCGAUGACCCGGAUGUCAGCUGGCCUUGUGCUUCUGGCUCAGGCGGCGACCUUUGGGGCGAAUCACGCGUUCUCAGUGAGCAGCGGCAGUAGCAGUAGCGCACGGGUGCAUCAUGAGCUGUCCAGACAUCGUCCGCCCAAGCCUUUUCUGGCUGCCGAAGCCUGCUUGCAAGGAUGGUGCUCCCACAAGUGCAAGGCGCGAGUGGUGGCUGGCGGAGCGGCGGGCGUGUCGAUGUCGUGGUGCUGCAGGACGAGGCGAAGCCGCAGUUCCUCUCGUCUGACUGCUUCUGCUGCUGCUUCUGCUG